CUCCUCUCCAUCAGCGCAAGCUGGUGCAGCACAUUCUCUGUGAUCAUCGCCUGACUUGGCGGGGUCGAUGGUUAGUCGUGUAAGCUGUAAUGCCGCCUCGUCUGAAUCAUUCCACUUCCUCGAAGCGUCCUUUGUCUGCCAUUUACCUCGGGCCUCAGCCCCCUUCCGGCUCGCAACCUCCUGAUCUUCCUGAACCUCCGGAGAGUCCCAGCUCAGCGUCUUCCGCCUCGGGUCUACCUUCUCCACCGGCAACUAACUCGACGGGGAGCGGUUCUGUGGGCGACAACAGCACGAGUGCAGGAAGCGUCCGACAGCGGCCUGCUUCCACCUCGCAGAUCAACAUGCAGGCUAGAAGUUUCGACAAGUACGAAGGCAGAGAUGGGGCUCGCCAUGAUGUUGACGAUGACGAUGACGAUGACCACAACGGGGAAGAUGAGACGGCUCGCUACGAUCUCCGCCUAUCUCUGGCUGGUAAGGGUGGUGAUACUUCGGACUUGCAGAGGGUUAAAAGCUUGACGCAGAGGAAUCGUCUGGCCAUGGACAGAUUGUCAACUUUUUCUCGCCUAAGCUCGCCAUCACCGUCUCCAUCAGGCCGUAGCUCAAGGUCCCCUCUACCUCCUCACAAACCAUCAACUGCGCCCUCCGGGGUUUCCUCUCGUGUUCCAUCCCAUUCUCAUAACUUGUCCCUGUCAUCCCAGCACAGCUCGCAAACUCAUUCUGGGUCAGAAACAGAACGAGAGCCCCCGCAAGUUUCCGGUCAAGGAGAUUCCUAUUCUUAUGGCUCAUCAUCCCCAGAGCCAGAACUUCCUGCCCUGUCCAGAAUUCGUGCCAACAGUCAUGCAGCCCGCGAACGGAGAAUAUCAGCUCCCGCAUCUCCCGGGAAAGCACUUGCAUCAGCACGGCAACCCUCUCCAGGACCCUCCCGUACACCUCGGAAAAGAGUGUCUGUGGCCAGCGCGCUGUCGUCGCCUCCCGAGGAGAGAUUUCGCCCACCCAGUAGCAUAGCAAAUGCAGCGCUGGCCGCUGUGGCUUCUUCUCGACGGAGUCCGACCUCAAGUGCAUCACUCGGUAGGCGGUCGCGACAACCUUUACCCCAAGAAUUCCGCAGAAACGAUCAGGAGAGCCCAGAGGAUGCGGGAUCCGCCCCUGUCACGCCGUAUCGAAGUCCACGUCGGGAGAGAAAUGCUUCAGGGAGCUUCACUGACCCUCGGGAUCAGAAGUCUUACGCAGACCCACAGUACUCUCCUCGUAGUACUCGGUUGAACCGCUCAUCUACGAUCCGUGAAGUAGCUCGUCAACCUCAGUCAAGGUGGGAGGACAUGUCACCUGGAGACGCAAGUCAAGCAACCGACGUGGACGAAAGUCCUGCGGGCCGCCGGCAGUCGAUGAGAGGUGGAAGCAUGGAGAGUCCGCUGAAUGCAGGAAGGCUUGCCAGUGCUGGGCUACGAGCUGCAGGGAUUGGGAUGCGUAGCGAUCAGCCCAACCAGGACGUGUUUGGUCAAGCAAAUGACCCAAAUGGUGGCGUUCGACGGGCGCAGUCAGCCGCAGUCAAAAAUAGCCCCAACAGGUCGCUGGAGUGGGAGGCAGACACUCGAAAUGCUAAGGACGAGCGAAGUCGAGCGGCAGCAGUGUCGUCAGGGUCUCGCGAAAAUGUUACUCCUUCCGAUGGGGGCAGAUCCGCUGGCAAGUUGCCUCGGCCCCCCACAUCCAUGGGAGGUCUCUACCCGGCGGUUGACGAAAGCGCUCAAAAGUCUCCGCUAUCUCUUCACAGAAGGUUGGCAGACCGGGCCAGCGUCGGAGGUUCCCCGAGCAUCCGCUCCAUAUCUCUCUCAUCAACACAUUCAGGGGCAGAUACGCCGCCUCCAGAACGUACACGCCAUGGCAUCCUCACCCGCCGACAUACCACCCUGACUCCUUCCAACGGCCCUCCCUCGGCAAAGGCUGAACAUGCGCAAAUAUUACUGAACUCAUUGUCCAUGUUUGAGUCGAUUCUUUCGCGCCUGCCCCAAGUGGACUCGGAGGCGGUUCCAGAACUUCGCCGUGACGCUCAAACCAUUGUACAUGCUUCUGAGCAGCUCAAUCAUCUCCUACGAGCAGGCAAUUCUCGCGCUCUAGAAGAGCAAAUAGCAGCUGAAGUCGAUGGCGAACAAGCGUACGGGGCUGAAACUGGUGAGGUCUGGAGGAGGGUAGGGGGUGAAUACCGCGAGUGCCUACGAUGGAGCGACGAACUUGUGCGGUCGACGACAAACUUUCUUUUGGGCGCCGGGAAGCUCCUCAAGGAGAGCGCAGGAAACGAGUUUGGCCAUUCCCGAACUGUCAGCUUGGACGAAGAAUUUGUGCGCAUUCGUACUCCGGAGGGCUCUCAAACUGGCCGAAGAAGCGAAGAUGGUAGAUCAAGUUCAUUGUCUAGACGUAGCUGGGAACCAAACGCGCUACGUCGGGAUAGUUUGGCAAGACGAUCUCUACAAUCUGACACCGACCAUGGUCACCGACCGGUUUCCUCCCGUGACGAGGAACCCGAACAAGACACCAACUUGUCAAAACGGAGUUCCGUGCUUUCGUUGGCUUCCCGCCGAUUGUUCUCGCCACGUGAACAACGUCAACAGCUAAGCGCCGAGUCUCCGCGAGCAAGCUUUUCCGAUAUCGCCCCUGACCGUGAUCAAGAUUAUUCUCCAUCCGCAUCUCGCCAUCCUCCUGACCGACCUCGACAUGCACUAGCGAUCCCCCCUCCUUUAUCCACCCUUCCUUCUGAAUCCAUAAUUGCUAAAAUCGACCAUGAAAAACCUUCUCGUCGGAAAACCUCGGUUGCAUCCGUUUCCACCAUCCGCGCUAAUACACCAACCUUCCCCCUUUCUACCAACAACCCCACCACUGCCGUCACUCCCCACACAGUGUCAAAUUCACCGGAAGCACAGCCCUUUCCACUCGCUCACGAUGAUUCGCCCGAAUCCACACGGUCGCACGUCACCUUCUCUCGUCCCGCAGGCGUGACUGCCAUGAGCGGCUUGCAGCAACACAGUCGCAAGCGCAAUAUUUCAACUACAUCGAUUGAUGAAACCGACGACAGCCCUCUCCUUUCGGCGCGGUCUCAGCCCGCUACCACGGACGCAGGACGAGACAAUCGUCGGCGGACUGUUGGUGUGCGUGCCUCUCGAGCCUCUCUUGACGGAGGGACCACCGGUAUAUCCCCCUCACAAUCACAUACAUACAACCAAAGACGAGAGCGACGCCGACCAAUAGCUGAAGUCUUCGCUUCAUAGACUGGGACCUGCUGUACACAUUACUUGUCCUUCGAGCAUACCCGAUGUGUGUAAACGAUAUUUAGCAUUGUCAUCAUUACCUAUGCACACUCCAUCCUCCUCCCCAUGCCAUCACUGUCUCUCCUUAACUCUAUUUUUUUUUGGCCAUCUUGUCUUUUUCUUGAUCUCUUGACCGGCCCUGCACAUAACUUACUUAGUGUGCCAUCACCGUCCUUGCCGUUUUUAUUUGCAGUCACAUAGUCCGUUUCUGCCACUGUCACUCUUUUUAAUUUCUUAAUCUCUCUCUCCUCUUUAUUCUUGUCGUGUUGUAUCCCAGGGGUUGUCGAGUCGCACGUAGUUUAUGCCUGAGCUCAGAACCAUGCACGCAUAUGAAAGCCCUACUCUCUGUCAAAAAGCAUCAUGGGUACAUACUUGUUGCCUAGUAUUAUAGAGCUUCAUAAUCGCAUGUUAUAUAUUUUGCAUUCACCA